CAAUCCCGAUUGUUAUAAAAUUCCUAAAUCCGAAUCACUUAUCGAUUAGAAGAUAACCGAACAUCGAGAUUAUCACGAGAUAAAAUAAAAAUUGUCAGUUAGUCGACGCAAGAACGUAUAUCAAACACGUGCAGUACUGGAAUAUUAAUUGCCACUCGCCAUGAAAAUUCCACGUCUCGUUUUUUUCCUUCUUUAUGCACACUUUUCAACCGGAACAGUCGUACUCGAUGCUAGAGCCACCGAGGGACCAGUGCUAAGAGUAGAAGAUUGCUACAUGCUGGAAAAAGUAGCAAUCAAUGUAACCAAUUCCCAGUGUGACUUCAUUAUAAGUAGUACUGACGGACACUUAGGUAGUGUCAUGUUCACCAUAGAAGGAGAUUCGGAUGAAGAAAACAUUUUCGAAUUACAGUACAUAUCACCACCUAGAACUAGUGAUACUGUUGUACCGAUCUACUUGGUACUGAAACAAAACCAAGUGUUGUCUUACGAAACCACGAACAAAUUUAACUUCAACGUAAACGUUGCGGGUGCUAGCGAGAAAGUACCAGUUGCAGUCUACGUUUAUAAACCGCCAGCUUGGACCGAUGGUUUAAGUAUUGAACAAAUCGAAGAAGAACAAGAAAAUACGAUUUUUACCAUAUCGGCUGCACCAGGCGAUGGCCACCCUCUCAGUGACAUAACAAUUGAACUUAUCGACAGCACAUUUCAACAAAUCGAAGUAGGCCAAUGGAACCGAAAUACCCUAGAAAUUAUAGUUCCAAAAAUCGACAGAGAACAACAAAGCAGUUUUGAGAUCUAUCUAGAAGCGUCUUAUUCUGAGCACCCAAGAGCCUCAGCUGUAAGAACUAUCGGGGUACUAGUUACAGAUGUAGAUGACAAUCCGCCCACGAUUCAAUUCAACCACAACAAAUCCGUCGAAGUCACCGUACCCCUAAAUGCAACUAGUGUGGUUGUGACAAACGUUAAAAUUUCCGACCCCGAUUUGGGUCUACAUUCUGAGUUUUCGGUUAGUCUUAAAAGCCCCGAUAGUCUGAGACCAGCUUUGACAGUGUCACCCGCAACGGGAGUAGGUAACGAAACUAUCGAUAUAAUCAUAGAUCCAACGAAGCUAGUUGAGGACGACCUAACGUGGGGUACUUUCGCACUGGAGUUGCACGCGAAAAGUGUGAACAAUGAGAAUUUUGAAGAUUCGGUGCCAAUGACGGUCACCUUGUACAAAGAACAAAGUUCUGGGAGUGCUAGUUUGGGUACUACUUCGGCUGUAUUGUUCACCGCACUUGUACAAUGCUGGAGGUACCUUUAAGUUAAUAAGUUUUACGGUUUAUUUUUAGUUAUCACGGUUUUUGUAAUUAAUAAAUUGUAAUCGACUUUA